AUGGCUGAUCGGGCUGCCGGAAGAGCUGCCGCUAGAGCCGCCGUUCGAGCUGCCCGAGACAAGAUUCAGAAGGACAUAUCUCCUCCAGAUUUUGAACUCGCAAAAGGUCAUUCUUGGGUAUAUGGAAAACCAAUAGGCGGAGGUGCCUAUGGUACAGCACACUUGUGGUCACACAUCGACGAUACUCAAAAAAUUCUCGAUCGAUUUGUCGUCAAAAACUUCCAGUGCACUGUUUGCGAAACUAGUCAGCCGAAGGAAGCGCAUAUCAGUCAAUUGCUCGUGCCUGACGGAUCCACGAAUUACCACACUGUUCCUGUACUUGCUUGUCAGCCGAUUCCAGACACUGACCAGGGAUGGCGCACUUACCCACCUUUCUUCAGCCUGGGCAAUUUCGAAACUCUACUCAAAGGUCUCACCAAAGAUGAUCCUCUGCCAGAGGAUUUUGUCUGGUUCUUCUUGUUCCGCAUGGCAAAAUCCAUAGUCGCAAUGGACGAAAUGCUACGAAAGGACGAAAAAGGUCCUGUCGUCAUACACAAUGACAUUAAGCUUGACAAUAUCUUUCUCGGUCAUCCAGGUUCGCUGGGUAGAGAUGCGGACUUCAUUAUAUAUCCCCCGGCCUACCUCGGCGACUUUGGCAUGUCUGUCAUUUGGUCGCAAGGUGAUGCGCACUCUCGAAAUGCAGGAGCUUAUGGCUGGUGGGCGCCAGAGCAACAGGAAUUGAACGCAGAACAUCGAUUCACGUACACGGACAAAGUGCCGACGUACAAUCCUGCAAAGUGGCAGGAUAAGAUUGACUCUGGGCACUUUACAGAUUACAGCAAAGAUCUUCUCGAUAUCGUCUAUACUUGUCUCUGCUGUGCGCCAAAAGACCGUCCCUCUCCACAAGAGCUUGUGUGUAUGAUCGAGGAUAUAAUGCCUACUCAUAUUUGCGACAUGAAACGCUUUGGCACCAUCAAUUGGGUGACAGCUAAUCACGACGCAAUCUCACCAGAACAAGAAGAAAUCCAGCCCCUCGAUGACCCUGACAACGAAAACGCAAACGACCCUGGAGACAAUUUCGAAAGUCUCGAAGAAGACGUAGAACUCGACAACUCAGACCUCAACACCUUACCCUACGACUCCGACUCCUCACCACCCUCCCUCCUCUCAAGCAGCAGCACCUCCAAGAAACGAAAAUUAUCCAUGAUAAACGCGACACCUCUGAAACGCCCGAAGCUCGAAUCGACUAUUCUGACACGAAGAUUGGCUUUAAUCGCCAAACAGAUGAAAUUCGGAAAAAGUGCUAGAAUCUUGGAUACACAUGAAGAUGAUGAAGAGUUUAUCUUGCCUGAGAGGUAUCGACUUGAGAAAAAAGCACUGUCGCCCGAACGAAUGGGAUGCAAUGUUUGCUUUAUGCUACUAUGCUACGAGGGCGGAAAUUCUGCCGGAUGUUGUUUACUGGGGUGA